UUUUUUUUUCAGACAAAUCCAAAGUUCCACCGAGAAAACAAAUUUUAAGUACUAAUAACAAGGCAAAACGAGUAGUAUAGUUACGACAAGAAUUGAAAUAUUUGAAUGCUUCCAUCUAUCUGUAUUUCUCUUCUUCUUCUUUUCUUUGUUUACUGAUGAAAUUCUGACAAAAAAUUACACAUCUCCAGAAACAUCACGAAUCUCAAUACAUAACAUGUUUCUUUCUUCCAUUUAAGUACUACCCCUAGUACUACAAGUAAAUUAAAUUAAUUAUUACUGCUUCAAUACAAACAAAACAAUUUCCCACAAACUUCCAUAGAUCUCACACAGAUAUUCAUUCAUUGAUAUACCUGUUUUUACCCCCCUUCGUAUGGGCGGUCAAGAUUCAAUCCCCUCAAUUUCAAAGGUAAAGACAUGACUGGUGGCGGUGGAAAAGUUAUUUCAUCACUACUAGCUAUAUGGCUUGAGGACUGUUUGGCUGUUGUUGUUAUUAUUGAUUUUGUUGUUGUUGAUGAGAUGGGGUGUAAUGAGUCUAAAGCAGUUGAUACAGAACUAGUGAUUCGUUGUAAAGAAAGGAAAGAACUGAUUAAAGCUGCUGCUAAUUACCGUUAUGCCCUUGCUGCUGCUCAUAUUUCUUAUUUUCAUUCACUUAAGGAUGUUGGUGAAGCCUUAAGGAAGUUUGUUGAUGAAGAGUUAAUUGUUGGGAACUCUUCAUCUUCUUUGUCUACACCUUCAUCACCUUCUUUAAUCUUGCCUGAUGAAAGGAAAAUUAGUAGUAGUAAUGCUAGUGGAACAACAACUCAUCAUAAGCGUAAAUCAUCUGGAUCUUCAUUAUCAAUUUCGACAUCUAGUUCGAUUUCUAAUUUUCAUGAUGAGGAUGACCCUGUCCAUGAUCAUUCUCACUUGCAUUUGUCGUCAGAUUCAUCUGAUGACGAUGACAGGCAUCUACAUUUGCCACAAAAGGGUCAUAGAAAUAAUGUACGUGACAAUAAUGACCCUCGAAGGGGUCAUAGGAAUGUGCAUGAAAAUUAUGACCCUAGAAGGGGUAAUAGUAAUGUGCAUCAAGAAUUUGAGGGUGGUCGUAUGGUUGAAAGUGGGGAACCAUCAAUUCCAACAUAUCCACAAUUUCAGCCAUAUGGGAUGGUGAAUAAUGAGGUUCCACCAUAUGGGAUGAUGAAUAAUGAGGCUCCACCAUCACAGGGAUUUUGGGAUCCAUUUUAUGGAAUGAAUCCACAAUUUCAGGCUCCAGCUUGGGGAGGACAAGGACAACAAUUUGGUGGAAAUGGAAAUCCGAAUACUUAUGCUUACUACAUGAAGAAAUCUUCACCAGUGAUGAAGACAGUGGUACAAGAACCAGAUCCAACGCAUACCGGGUAUUCCAAUUCGUAUUGGAGCUACCCGAAUGACAAUGGUGGGUACCCACCAAUGGGUGAAAGGGGAAAUUCAAGUAAUCAAGGUAAUAAGAAACCAAGUCCACCAAAGGAGCCACCGCCACCUCCGUCUCCAAAGGCGUCUGCUUGGGACUAUUUUAAUCCGUUUGAGGCUAUAGAUAGUGGCUAUUCUGGUUACUUUAAACAAAACAGUUCUGGAUCAUUUAGUAGUAGUCCUAAUUCAACUGAAGUUAGGGAGAGGGAGGGCAUUCCUGAUUUGGAAGAAGAAACUGAGACUGAGAUGUAUAAGGAGUACCAUAAAGGAAAGAAGUUGAGUGAUGAACCAAAGACAAGGGCAAAUUCAUCAAAAAGUAGUGACAGUGGUAGAAAAUCAAUGCCAUCAGUGCCUCAUGGAAUUGAUUUAAGGGGUGUAGCAGGACACAAUAGCAUUGGAAGUUCAAAACCAGAUUCGUCAUUACAUAAUUUGGAAGGCUCAUCAACUUCAAGGGGAUUAAAAUCUGAGGGUAGUACGAAGCCGAUAUCGACAAUGUAUGAUUCGGUUUCUCACCUUUCGAGUGUAGAACCGUCAAAUAGUAGUGGCGGUACAGGUUCAAUUGAUAUUACAGAGGAAAAGAGCAAUUUUGAAACUCUAGUGUCAGGAAGCCCGGAAGAUGUGCAUAUGAAGAAGAAAGGGGUGACUUUUGAGGUGGAUGAAAUGUCAAAGAAUGAGAUUGAAUCACCCAGGAGGUCAAGUAGCUUGAGCACCACAUCACAUGCUCAUGGUGGCACCAGGGAUCUACAUGAGGUUGUGGCAGAAAUUCGAGAUGAAUUUGAGAUUGCUUCUAGUUAUGGAAGGGAAGUUGCUUUGAAGCUUGAGGUUGGAGAACUGCCGUACCAGCCUAGCUUUGUUAAAGAGCUUGUAUCCAGGAUUCUAUACCUGAUUGUUCCAUCCAUGUCGGUUUCCCGUACGGUAACGGUGCAGUCUGUAAGGCUAGCUGCCAAAACAAGAAAGUUGGCAAAAUCUUAUUUUGGAGAUGUUGGCCAAGACAAUGCUGUGAAGCCUUGUCGCCUGUCAUCUACGCUUGACGAGCUAUAUGAAUGGGAGAAGAAACUAUAUAAGGAAGUUAAGGAUGAAGAAAAACUGCGGAUCAUAUAUGAAAAGCAGUGCAGAAGGUUGAGGAGUUUGGAUGAGCAAGGCGCUGAGUCUAGCAAGAUAGAUGCUACUCAGGCAUCUAUCAGAAAAUUGCUGACAAAACUUAAUGUCUGCAUAAAAGCGAUUGCUGCGAUCUCAAGCAGAAUUGACACGUUAAGAGAUGAUGAAUUGCGACCCCAAAUUGGAGAAUUAAUUCAUGGGCUGGUGAGAAUGUGGAGAUCAAUGCUCAAGUGUCAUCAGAAGCAGUUUCAAGCAGUGAGGGAGAGUAAAACAAGGGCUCUCAGAGCAAAUACUGGAUUCCAAAGAGAUGCGAGCUUGAGAGCUACUCUUGACCUGGAGAUGCAGCUUUUGUCAUGGUGUAGCCACUUCAAUGAUUGGAUUUGCAGUCAGAAAUCCUAUGUACAAUCCUUAAAUGAGUGGCUUCUGCGAAGCCUUAAGUAUGAGCCAGAAGAAACUCCCGAUGGACCUGUUCCUUUCUCCCCUGGUCGUCUCGGAGCUCCUCCAGUUUUUGUAAUUUGCAAUGAUUGGUGUCAGGCAGUGGAGGCAAUCUCUGAAACUCGGGUAGCAAUUGCAAUGAAUGAUUUUGCUUCAAAUUUGAGGCAGCUUUGGGAACGACAAGAUGAGGAGCAGAGACAGAGGAUCAAAGCAGAAUACCUCUCAAAGGACUACAAGAAACGGCUAACCAUGCUUCAGCAAAAGAGAGGGAGCUCGGAGCACGAGCAAGAUGCCACAUCCGACAGAAGUCACAUAAUUGUUUCAUCUGAAAAAGGGGUUUCACCAUUGGAUGAUCUAAAAGUGGACUUGGAUUCAUUCAAAAAGAAAUUAGUCGAGGAGAGAACAAAGCACAAGGAUGCCAUUAAAUUAGUGCAUGAUGCAGCUUCUAGUAGUUUACAAGGGGGCUUACUUCCAAUUUUCAAGGCUUUAGAGAACUUCACUUCGGAAGCUCUGAGAGCGCAUGAACAAGUUAGGUUACAGAGUGUUAGAGAUGGUUCAUAGGUAAAGUUGGCAUCAUUUUUUCAAUUGAAUCCUAAUCUUAUAUUCCUGUUUGGAAAAAGAUGGUUGAAGAGUUACACAUCAAAUUACCAAGAAAGGUGGUACCCAAACCUUGAAAGAGAUGAGAGGAAGGGGAUUGAUGAUGAGGGUGGCUAGCAGAAGAAGCGCAGAUUUUUCAGAGGAUAACUUUUAGCAUAUUUAACAGUUGAUCAUAUAGUUUCAGUUUCGCCCUUUAACGUUAGUAGGUAGGUAGUUGUAUAGUUAUUCAUUUAUUUGUUUAUUGGGUCGUACUGGUGGAUUUAUGGUUUCAGGUUGGGGUAGGAGUGCACCAAGGAAGUUUGAAACCUGUUAAAUCAUGUGUCAUAUGGUAGAAUUAAUGAAUGAAAAUUUUGGCAA